AGGUUAAGAAAGCACUACAUUUUCAUGACGGCGUUAUAGCAAAAGGGUUUCUCCUUAAUCAGUUUAGUUAUGGUAUAUAUCUUGAUCAGCGCGUUAUGUAAAACAGGUGAAACAAGAGCUGCCUUGCAGGUUCUUAGAAAGAUUGAAGAGAAGAAUUCCGUUAGGCCUAACGUGGUAAUGUACACUACAAUUAUUGAUAGUAUGUGUAAGGAUAAGCUCAUGAACGAUACCUAUGAUUUGUAUUCUGAAAUGGUUUCCAAGAAAGUUUUUCCCAAUGUGGUCACUUACAAUACUUUAAUAUAUGGCUUUUGCAUCGCGGGUCAAUUGAAAGAAGCCGUUGGUUUGUUCAAUGAAAUGAUACUGAAAAAUACUAACCCUGAUGUUUAUACCUUCAAUAUAUUGGUUGAUGGUUUGUGUAAGGAAGGAGAAAUGAGAAAAGCUAAAAAUGUUUUAGCUGUUAUGAUAAAACAAGGUGUGAAACCCAACAUUGUUACUUAUAAUUCUUUAAUGCAUGGGUAUUUCUUGGUUAAAAAAGUGAACAUGGCCAAAUAUGUAUUCAACGCUAUAGCUCGAACAGGAGUGAAACCUGAUCUUCAGAGCUACAGUAUCAUGAUUAAUGGAUUAUGUAAGAAUAAAAUGGUGGAUGAAGCUGUGAAUCUCUUCAAAGAAAUGCAUUUAAAAAAUAUGGCUCCGAACACUGUAACAUACAGCUCCCUUAUUGACGGACUUUGCAAAUCAGGGAGAAUUUAUGAUGUUUGGGAUUUUAUGGAUGAGAUGCACUAUAGAGAUCAACCAGCUGAUAUUAUCACUUACAGUUCUUUAUUAGAUGCUUUGUGCAAAAAUGGUGAUGUUGACAAGGCAAUUGAGUUAUUGAAGAAGAUCAAAGACAAAGGAAUUCAACCAAAUAUGUGUACAUACACAAUACUUGUUGAUGGACUAUGCAAAAAUGGUAGACUUAAGGAUGCACAAAAGGUAUAUCAGGAUCUUCUGAUUAAUGGAUAUCAUUUAGAUGUUAGGAUGUAUAAUGUCAUGGUUAAUGGCAUGUGUAAAGAAGGUUUGCUUAAUGAAGCAUUGUCCAUACUGUCAAAAAUGGAAGAAAACAGUUGCACCCCUAAUGCUGUAACUUACGAACCUCUUAUUCAUGCUUUGUUCAGAAACGGUAAGAAUGAUAAGGCAAUAAAACUUGUUCGUGAAAUGAUUGCUAGAGGUCUACUAUAAGAGUAACACUUGGUAGGUAAACUAUUUCGGAUUCUGCAAUUGUAUACAUUUUUCUUACAAAUUUAAUUUGCA